AUGGGUAACAUCCUCCUCCACCCGCCACCAACACCUCGCACGGCCGUCGUUGCUGCGAACGGCAAUGUCCCCCGGAUCAGCGUGUCAACGAUGCAGGCAGCGACACAUCAAGGCCCUAACUGGCAGCACCAGUGUGAUGCGACAAGGCCCAACUGCAAGCAGUGUGUGUCUAGUAAACACGAGUGUCCGGGAUACCCUGAGGAUUGGAAGUUCAUCAACAAUGGCGCCAAGCCGCCUCGCAAGCGACAGAAGAGGCAAUCCAUCCGAGAAGCCAAGGCACAUGAGGCAAAGCCAUCUACAGGGACACUCACCGAGACAAAUGAAGACGCUAUAGAGAUCCGUCGCACCAACACGGUGUCGGCCAGCCAGAGAUCAGAGCAUUUGGAUAUCUCGCCGUUGGAUUUCCGCAAAGCUUCUGAUGCCGCCCUGCAGAGCCUGGACUCCUCUAUACCCCUCCAAGUUGAAUUGGACUUCGAUCUCGUCGAUAAUCAUGUCAAUGAAACGAGUGUAGUUGGCCUGCAGCCCGGUCACUUCGGGGCUCCUUUACCCGCCCCUGAGGAAUCCCCAGGAUUGAUGUCUUCUGGAUCAACUGGCGAAUUUGAGAUGGGGCUUGCUGCCCUAGCCUCGGAGUUUAUGCUUGAGAGCGAACAGGAGAUUGUCUUCCUCCUCCGGCACUAUACAGACAACCUGGCUCCAUGGUUAGACAUAUUUGGAGACAAAUGCUUCUUUCAGACUUGUAUCCCUCGCCUGGCUGGGACUCACCCUGUGCUGAAAUAUGCAAUAGCGGCACUUGCUGCUAAGCAUUUGAGCAAUCUGGGCGGCUUCCGAGCCACCAACUGCGGCCCCAUGAGCACAUUGGCCUUGACGGAGCUUUAUCCCAGUGCAAGCAAUGUUGACUGGGCCUUCAAAGCUGCCAGCUACUACCAUCAAGCGGCUACACACUCGCAGCGCCCGUCUCCGCUUUACACUACCGAAGCUGGUUUGAUAUUGACGGAUGUUGCAGUGGCGAGUAAUGCCAUCUUGACCGUUUAUGAAAUGAUUGAUUCGAAUUAUGAUGAAUUUUACACGCGGACCCGUGAGAUAAAGAGCCAGUUAGUAAGAUACCCCAACGAUGGCUCAAUAUCACAACAGGUGUUCACACCAUUCAAAUUUCACGGCAGCCCGGCGGCUUUGGCUAGCUACUGGUACUGCAUGCCACACGAUCUCCUUAACUCGUAUGAUCAAAAAAGGACAUCGCUGCUAGACUGUGAAACCCCGUAUACCGGGCUGGGAGGCUCCGACGAUGGGUUUAUCCUCAAUGAGCCUCCAUCCAUGACGAAGACGCCCUGGGUGCAACUGUUCAUAUUGAUAACUCAGAUCGUUGACAAAUUCGCCACGAAUCCUGGCCGGCGUGAUCAUGGGACCAAGGAUGUGGACCGGAAUAGCAGCUGGGACUAUCUCUGGAACGCCUUGGAUCGGUGGCACGCCCAACUCGAUAUACAAUUUGAGCCAUAUUCUCACUAUAAGCUUUCUAGCCAUCUAACACUCUCACAAGGCCUGGUGGAGCCGGUUUUCGACGAGAUACUCUUUCCAUCACCAGUGUCCGCAGCGACGCUGUCAUACUAUCACUUUGCUCGCAUCCUUUUACUCCUCGCUAAACCGACUGACCAAUCAAACCCCCAGGCCAUGCUGCUUUAUUACCGAGAGAUAUUGACGGACAUAGAAGACCAUUGCACAAAGAUAUGCGGGAUUGCAGCUGGCCGACCAGGUCCUGCCGCCCGGAUACACUCAGUGCAGCCACUCUUCCUGGCUGGACAAUGCUUGGUGGAGCCACGAUUACGGACGGCUGUUGUACAGCUCCUACAAGAUGUUGAGGCAGAUACCGGAUGGCCAACAGCAAGCCAUAUAAGCAGGCUUCAUCAGGGAUGGAACAGGAAUACUCGGACCAAUUGA